CCAAAUGCGUUUUGGUGUUUUCCCGGGGCUUAUCUCAGUGUUUCAUUGUCGGAAAAUCGUGAAAAUCGUGCGAGAAAAGUGCAUUUAUUAGUGUUUAUUUGUUUGUUAGGUUGGCGGUCUGGCGACGCCAAGCCGCAUGGUACCAUGGGAUAAUCAUGUACGUCGGUGACAAGUGAAACAAUUCGCAUUCUGAAGAUCCCUGUAAUCGCAGCCCCAAAUACGACUAAACCGUCCCAGGAGCGGCACCACAGCCCCUUUUAACCUUUUUUAGGGGAAAAAUCAAUGAAACGGCAAAAAUGACCGACGACGAAGGCCCGAAAUACAAAGACGGCGACAUUGUUUGGGUGAAAUUGGGGCCUUGUUGGUGGCCCGGAGAGGUCACAGAAAACGCCCCCGAGGACUUCACCUCCAAGAAACCCCCCCUAGCCAUCGUCAAGUUCUUCAACGAGGCCACUUAUGAGUUUGUCAAAACCCCCAAUCAGAUUUAUAACUACAACUGCGAGCGCAAAAAUGAGUUUAUUAAAAAGGGAAUGGACUCCUUCCGGGCUAAUAACCCCCACAUGGAGAAAUUCCCAGGGGACGUGUCUUUAGCCGAAAUACGCACUGACGGCAACCCCAACAUCCUCGCAGACCCCAUUUUCGCCCCCCAGAAGCGGAGCAACAUCAUCGCGGAGGUGUUCGGCAGCCCCGCGCCCAAGAAGACCCCCAAGGAGGGGAAACACGCCCGGGGACGCAGUUCAAAAAAUUCGGGUAAAAAACCCAAAUUGAACAUCACCCAUCGUCGAUUUCUGGGUUGUGACGACUACGAGGCCCACAUCCGGGUCCAAUUUCCGGGUAAAGACGUCGAAAACUCCAGUGGUGACGAAGAAAUCGUCAAAUUAAAUGCCGAACCAAACAAAACGUUCAAUUGUUCGUCUUGUAAUUUUCAAACGAAUCGAAUCGACGUGAUGUUGUUUCACGUCAAAUGUCAUAUUAAAGGAAUCGCGUCGCCUAUGCCGGUAAAAAAGAAAACUGUACCGAAAAAGAAGAAAUCGAAGAUAAUUAAACAUAUAACGUCCGAUGAUGACCACACGAAUUCUAGUUCGGCAUUCCUCGACACCGAUAGUGAGGAAGAAAAGCCGAAACCGAAACGAAGAAGAAGAGUCACCUCACCGAAGAAGAAACCAAAACGAAAUGAAGAACCCACAAUUGACAUUAGGACGAAUCUCCUCGCCGAAUGGUCCGACAGUGAAAACGAAGAAGUCGAAACAAGUAAAGAAAAAAAUGAAGAUGAAGAAAACAACAAAAAUGAAGAAAAAGAGCACAAAUCGUGUUUUGAUUUCGACGAUGAAGAAGAAGAAACGUUAGGUGAGACCACAGCCGGACGUAAAAUCCCACGUGUAAUCCCCCCGAAAUCAAGCGAAAUUGAAGAAGAAACUGAAGAAACGACGAAAAGUAGCGACGAAUUUAAAGAUUUAAUGGAAUCGACGUCAGUACCCGAUUUACCAGACGUACCACCGGAAGUGAAACCACAAAAUAAUAUCAAAACGGAAGUUGCAACGAAAUUAACCAAUCCGAAGAAACGUUUCGUUAAAUCAUUUGAAGAUUUCGAAUUGUUGCAAAACGAACAACGCAAAGCACAGGAAGAAGAAGAGAAGAAAGGGAAAGUGGUAGUGGAAGCGGUCGAACCACCACCCGAACACAAAACAGCCGAAUCCGAAAAAGAAGAAGAAGAAGAAGAAAAGAUCGAACCCAAAGAAGAAAAGAUCGAACCUAAAGAAGAUAAGAUCGAAUCAAAUCUUCAAAUAUCGAAAUUGAAAUGUCAGAUUAUGUCAAAACUAGGCGAUGAAGAACCAGAAGUGAGCAAAACGAAGAAAUCACAUCGGUCACCCAGAAGCAAGAUUUUGGAAUCGUACCGAAAAGACAAGAGGAAAAGUGUGGAAGAAGUGAAGAAAGACGAGGAAGAGGAUGUGGUUAAGCAAGUCGAAGAGCUUCCAAUUGAAGAAAAAGAAAUGAAGAAACUUGAUGAAGAAAUCGAAAAGAUCAAUCCAAUCGAUGAUUAUCUCAACGAUUUUCUUUUCGAUUUGCAGAAGAAGGAAGAGAGUCCUAAAAAUGACAAAAUCGAAGAAGAAAAAGAAGAAGAAAGCGCCCCAAAUGAGGUUCGAAUCAAAUCGGAUUCGGGUGAUAUUGAUAUUGCUAUCAAAACAAAUUUGAGUAAUUUUAAUAAAGGUGAAGAAGAAAUGUCUGCAUUGAGCACACUUGCAAUGGUUUCGCAAUUGGAAGAAGAAAAACCAAUAGAAGAAGAAAAUGAAGAAAUUAAGUUACCAUUUGUGGAAAAACCGGAAACGGAAAUGGUACCAAUCGAUGGUAAUUUGACUAAAGUUUCCGAAAAAGACUUAGCUGAUAGUCAAGUUGAAAUCACAGCAACGUGUAAAAAACCCGUCACUUUGACCAAUUUCUCAAUGGAUUUCUCCGAAUGUAAUAGUAAUAGUAAUAAUAGUGAAACGAGCGAAGUGAGUGAAACAAAAACUGAAGAAACAAAAAAGAAUGACGAUUUAAUGGAUUUAGAAGAACAUAUACCGUCACAAAUCGUCGAUAAAAAAACAAAAGAUGAUGAAGAUAAGGAAGAAGAUAAUCCUCCAUCAAAACUCCUCGAACGUUUAACCGAAAAACCGAAAACGAUAAAAGUGCCUAAAGAUAGUACAAAAGUGACGAAGAAAUUCAUCAUUAAAUCGCCAACUAGUAAAAUUAUUAAACCGGUUACAACCUCAAACAAACCGGUUAUUUUAUCCGAGAAGAUAAUUAAACCGAUUACCCCCACUACUGCUUCAGUUUCUGUACAAAAAGUCACCUCGAAACGUAAUUUACACGAUCCUGACGAAAUCGACGCUUUUAUCAUACAAAAAGGUAAUAAAACGGAAGAAGAAGAAGAAGAAGAGGAAAAUGAAGAAAUACCGGUGAAAAAACUGAAGAAAAAUACAACAGGAAUGGAUUUGAAAAAAUUACAAGUUUCAUCAACUGCAACAUCGGUGAAGAAAAGAGGCAAAGCGAAGAUUUUACAACAGACAAUAAUUACACCAGCUGGUGAAAUAAUCCAACCAGGGGUACCAACCUCUGAUGAUAAUGUUUUUGAUAUUAAUUCAAUGCCGAUUGUGCUCUCCGAUCAGAUUCUCACACCGGAAUCGAUUGAAAAUAUGCCGAUUUAUUUAUCCGAGGCACCAGCCGAGCAACCGAAAAUCGUUAAAAAAGCAAUCCCAAGUCAAAUGCGUGUUAUUAAUAAAUCAAUAUCUUCAUCUGGCACCAAAUUGAUAAAAACACCCAAAAUUCUAGGUACUAUGGGUACCAAACUGAUCAAACAAAAUUCAUUUAGUCCGAAACAAAAAUUUGUUAUUGUAACACAACCAACAGCUACAGCAACAACAAGUAAAUAUACAGUGGGUAAAAAACAAAUUGUUAAAAGUGCGGGAACUUUAACUAAAGUGCAAAAUAUAGCACCGGAACCAUCCGGAAAUAAAAUAAUGAUUUUGACAGAUCAACAAGGACAACAACAACGUGUACUUCUAACACCAGCACAACAAAAAAUGAUGGGGUACCAAAAUCAAGGUACGAAAAUUAAAACUGUGAUGAAAGGUAAUAUAAUCCAGAAGGCUAAGGAUGGUUCAAUGCCUGGUUCUAGUGGUUUAAUCACUAAAACCAUCACUCCGAGUCGUGUUUUAACACAAUUAAAAAAACCAAUCGGUCGUAAAAUACAAAUGCAAAGUCAAAAAGUACCAAUUAAACCACCACCAUUACAACAAAAAACCAUUCUUAUUAAAAAUCAACAUGGCCAAACUGUACGUAAAAUUCAAGGUACUGAUGAUGCAUUAUUAGAUAAACAAGUCGCUGAACAAAUCGAAGCGAUCAAAGCAAGCGGUGUAUUACAACAAAAACAAGAGAUUUUGAAUUAUAAAAAUAAAACGUCGACAGUACGACGUUCAUAUGUGAAGAAAAUUGAUAGUCCGAAAAAAACCGAACCGGUUCCCCCACUCGCACCAAUAUCACCGAAAAAACCCGAAGUGGAAAAACAACAGGAGGGUAAAUCCCUUCAUCAGUUGGUAAUACAGGACGCUAUGGGUAAUCAAACGACGAUCACAGAAGGCCAAAUUUUGGCAUUACCAAGUGAGACUAUUGAUGGUCAACCACAAUCCUAUAUGUUGGUAACAUUGGAUGAAAGUGGAAAUUUAACACCGUUGAAUAAUGAAGCGUUAUUAUCACUUGAUCCCAAUUUGGGAUUAGGUGGGGAUUUAGGGAAUACGGUUUUACAAAUCGAUCAAAGUGAGGGAAUAACAACAACAACAACAGCAGCAACAACAACAACAACACAGUCGGAGGUUAAAAGUGAAGAAGUGGUGGCGCCACCUGUCACAAAAGAGGAGGAAAAACCCGAUGGACAACAAUUAAUUGUAACGGGGGAUCCCAUAGCUGCACAAAAAUUUCUAGAAUCACUAACUGAAGGUAAUACAGAUUUGGCAAAUAUAUUAGCAAAUGCUGAAGGUUCAAUUUUGAUUCAUGCUGAUGGUCAACAAAUUCUAAUAAAUACAGAUUCCGACAAUCAAAUGUUAUUAUCAGUCAAUACAGAUAAUUUAAAUAUGGCGGAAAGUAGUGAAGGUGGGGGUAAUCCGAUUUUUGCUACACAACCAUCGAAAAAUCAAGAUAUCCUUGCAGCUGCCCUCGCCGACACUGAUGUAUUUCAAGGUGAACAAAAUAAUGGCCAAAAAGUCUCACAAUUGAGUCCAAAUAGUAGUCUAUAUCCGAUUAAUGUCGGUAACGUAUUAGAAACAAGCUUAACUUUGAAUUCACCAAUCAUGACACCGCUUGAAGUCCCAUCGACCAAUAGUAAAAAGAUUGAUGAGAGUGAUAUUUUAGCACCAGUACCUAAAACAGUCGAUCUACCAAUCACAAUCACCGAUCCUAAUAUAUCACAGACUGUAUCCCAGCAACAAGUUUCGUUGCCUAGUAACAUAGAAUUAUCAUUACCAAUAAGCGAGUCGGCAAUAGUCACGUGUUCAGAGAUGAGUUACUAUUCGUUGCCGAGUCUCGAAUCGGAUCGAAGUAUGCCGAUUUUGACCGAAGAUGAGCCGAAGGAUGAUGAGAAGGGGGGGAAUGAUGAGAGUGAGGGGUUGUGUACACUUGGGGGCGAAAUGUGUAGUUCUUUGAGUGAGCCCCCCCCUGAUAUGUUUGAUUUGUCGGCGGUUUUGUCCUCCCAGAAGGAGAAGGACGAGUCGAAUCCGGGAUCGGUGACUGAGACGAGUAGUCCGAAUACUGUGAAUGAGGAUUCGUGCGAAAUUCCGGUCCAGCCGGAAAUUGUGACGAAAUUGGAGGGGGAGGAGAAAGAGGCGAAUUCGACUGAGGUGUAAAUAAGUGUAAAUUGGAGGAGGGGGAUUUUUGUAUAUAUUAAUUGUUAAAUUUAUGUACGAGUGUACAUAAAGAUGAUGCUUCUUUUUUAUUCAUAUCUUUUUAACGAUUAUGAUAGGUAAGACAUAUAUGCACACUUAGGUCAAGUUAUGCUUAUUGUAGAUGUAUGUUAGAGUAGCUUCCAUGUGUCAUUUUUCGUGUGAUGAAGUUGGUACUGGAUAGGAUUUUAAUCUUGAUUAAGACACGUUAAGUAAGCUAGAGAUAAUGUUCUUUUAAAGAUUAUGUUAUGUAUAAUUUUAUUGUAAUAAAAAAUUAAUCAUAUUUCUGAUAUACCUA